CGAGGUCAUUCGGCCUCUACGAGCCGCCGGCUGCCGCACAGAGGAGGCGCCAUCUUGAGACAUUCGCAGACCCCAGCUCGGCCAGGCAGAACGUCAUGUACCCGACCGCUCUCACGCAGCUGGCCCGGGCCAACCCUUUCAGCGCUCCGCUGUUCAGCCUUCAGAAAGUCGAAGAGCCCAAACAGACUCUAAAUGGACAGAGUCACCGCAGGCUGGCUGCUGCCUCCACAGCCGACGAUGUGAGCUGUGAGUUCGGUUCCUCAAAGUACUAUGCCCUGUGUGGUUUUGGGGGUAUCCUGAGUUGCGGUAUCACACACACAGCGGUGGUGCCCCUCGACCUUGUCAAGUGCCGCCUGCAGGUGGACCCAGGAAAGUAUAAGAGCAUUGGUAAUGGCUUUUCAGUCACAGUGCGAGAAGAUGGUGUCAGAGGCCUGGCCAAAGGCUGGGCACCCACCUUCAUCGGGUACUCCAUGCAAGGGUUGUGCAAGUUUGGCUUCUAUGAGGUGUUCAAGAUCGUCUACAGUGACUUGAUGGGAGAAGAGAACACCUACCUCUGGAGGACAUCAUUGUACCUGGCUGCCUCAGCCAGUGCAGAAUUCUUUGCUGAUAUAGCUCUGGCUCCCAUGGAGGCUUGCAAAGUGCGCAUUCAGACCCAGCCUGGCUAUGCCAACACCCUCAGAGAGUGUGCCCCCAAGAUGUAUGCUGAGGAAGGGCUCUGGGCGUUCUACAAGGGUGUGGUGCCCCUGUGGAUGAGGCAGAUCCCCUACACCAUGAUGAAGUUCGCCUGCUUUGAGCGUACUGUGGAGUUGCUGUACAAACACGUGGUUCCCAAGCCCCGCAGUGACUGCAGCAAGGCUGAGCAGCUAGUGGUCACCUUUGUGGCCGGUUACAUCGCUGGUGUGUUCUGUGCCAUUGUGUCCCACCCUGCUGACUCUGUGGUGUCUGUGCUGAACAAGGAGAAGGGUAGCACUGCAGUGCAGGUGCUCAAGAAAUUGGGGCCUAAAGGUGUAUGGAAGGGCCUGGUUGCUCGUAUCAUCAUGAUCGGUACCCUUACCGCCCUGCAGUGGUUCAUCUACGACUCCGUCAAGGUCUACUUCCGCCUGCCCCGCCCCCCUCCCCCCGAGAUGCCCGAGUCCCUCAGAAAGAAGCUCGGCCUCACAGAGUAAAAAAAAGAAAAAAAAUUCCUCCACCCAAUUCACAUCCCUAUACUGCUCCCUCCAGGAUCCCCUCACCGAGCAGCAAGUCUCCAUUCAAUGCAUUAUCCUCCUGACUUCUGCAGUGCUACACACAGCUGUUUUCUAUAUUUAUGUUCCUCCAGCUCCUGUCACCCUCUUCCAGGUGCAGAGUUGCUACUAAUGUAUAUUAAGAAAAAAGAAAUCAAUGUGCGAAGAGAGAAGCGGAUGAGCUGUCCCCCCUUGGCUUACAGAGAAGGCAGAAACUAUUCUUAUGUAGAAACACACUCUGGUUGUCAUUAGUGAUGUGGAAAUUCUAAUAAAAGAAUUAUUCCCUGGG